CAAAUGAAGAUACAGAAUGGAAUGAAAUUUUAAGAGAUUUUGGCAUUCUUCCUCCAAAAGAAGAGCCAAAAGAUGAAAUUGAAGAAAUGGUUUUACGUUUGCAGAAAGAAGCCAUGGUUAAACCAUAUGAAAAGAUGACUCUUGCACAGUUGAAGGAGGCUGAAGAUGAAUUUGAUGAUGAAGAUAUGAGAGCUAUUGAAACAUAUAGAGAAAAGCGGUUGCAGGAAUGGAAAGCUCUUAAGAAAAAACAAAAAUUUGGGGAGUUAAUAGAAAUUUCUGGAAAUCAAUAUGUGAAUGAAGUCACAAAUGCAGACAAAGAUGUAUGGGUUAUAAUUCAUCUAUACAGGUCAAGCAUACCAAUGUGUUUGUUGGUUAAUCAGCAUCUUAGUCUUCUAGCAAGAAAGUUUCCAGAAACUAAAUUUACAAAAGCCAUCGUGAAUAGCUGUAUUCAACACUACCAUGAUAAUUGCUUACCAACAAUUUUUGUUUAUAAAAACGGUCAGAUAGAAGGCAAAUUCAUUGGAAUUAUAGAAUGUGGAGGAAUAAAUCUCAAGCUAGAAGAACUUGAAUGGAAGUUAGCAGAAGUUGGAGCAAUACAGACUGAUUUGGAAGAAAACCCCAAAAAAGGAAUUAUAGAUGUGAUGGUAUCUUCAAUAAGAAACACUUCUAUUUAUGAUGACACUGAUAGUUCAAACAGUGAUGACAAUACCAAAUAGAGAGAAAUAGUUAAUAAAUAGCUUU